ACGUGACUGGCUCUGAGCUCAGACCAUCAUGGCGUCUCCCAGUGGGAAGGCAGAGCUGGCGCCUGACGCUCCCGGCUGUGGGGCCGUGCCACUGGCGCGGGACCUGGUGGACUCCGUGGACGAUGCAGAGGGGCUAUACGUGGCGGUCGAGAGGUGUCCGUUGUGCAAUACCACCCGCCGGCGGCUGACUUGCGCAAAGUGCAUCCAGAGCGGCGAUUUCGUCUACUUCGACGGCCGCGAUCAGGAGAGGUUUAUUGACAAGAAGGAAAGGUUAAACCGACUUAAGAGCAAGCAAGAAGAAUUUCAAAAAGAAGUAUUAAAAGCUAUGGAAGGAAAAUGGAUAACAGAUCAGUUGCGAUGGAAAAUAAUGUCCUGCAAGAUGAGGAUUGAACAACUGAAACAAACGAUAUGUAAAGGAAAUGAAGAAAUGAAGAAAAAUUCAGAAGGUCUUCUCAAAACCAAGGAAAAGAACCAGAAGCUUUACAGUCGAGCACAACGGCAUCAAGAGAAAAAGGAGAAGAUUCAGAGGCACAACCGAAAACUUGGUGACCUGGUAGGAAAAAAAACUGUUGACUUAAGAAGUCAUUAUGAGCAUCUUGCAGACCUUCGGCGAGCCCACAUUCUAGAGCUCACCUCUGUCAUCUUUCCAAUUGAGGAAGUAAAGACUGGUGUAAGAGACCCUGCAGAUGGGUCUUCAGAGAGCGACAGUGCCAUGACUUCCAGCACUGUGAGCAAGCUUGCCGAGGCCCGGAGGACGACCUACCUCUCAGGACGAUGGGUCUGUGAUGACCACAAUGGCGACACCAGCAUCAGCAUCACGGGGCCCUGGAUAAGCCUGCCGAACAAUGGGAACUACUCUGCCUACUACAGCUGGGUGGAAGAGAAGAAAACCACGCAGGGGCCUGACAUGGAGCAUAAUAACCCUGCCUACACCAUCAGUGCUGCACUGUGCUAUGCCACUCAGCUGGUCAACAUUUUAUCUCACAUACUCGAUGUCAAUCUUCCUAAAAAGCUGUGCAACAGUGAAUUUUGUGGAGAAAAUCUCAGCAAACAGAAGUUUACUCGAGCAGUGAAGAAACUGAACACAAAUAUCCUUUACCUUUGUUUUUCUCAGCAUGUAAAUUUGGAUCAGUUACAACCACUGCACACCCUCAGGAAUCUCAUGUACCUGGUUGGCUCAGGCUCAGAGCACCUGGGCAGGUCAGGACCCUUUGAAGUGCGAGCAGACCUUGAGGAGUCCAUGGAAUUUGUAGAUCCUGGAGUCGCUGGAGAAUCAGAUGAGAGUGGAGAUGAGCACAUAAGCGAUGAGGAAACUGAUUUGGGCACAGACUGGGAGAACCUGCCAAGCCCUCGGUUUUGUGACAUCCCUUCCCAGCCUGUGGAAAUCUCCCAGAGCCGGAGCACCCAAGUGUCCCCACCUGUCUCAAGCAGCAGUGCAGGGGGGAUGAUCUCCUCUGCUGCAGCCUCAGUGACGUCCUGGUUCAAAGCUUACACUGGACACCGUUAAUGGGCAUGGACUGAAAACAUGCCAAAUCUGCAUCAAGAAAGCUCUCCCUAGUAAAACUUACUUUAUUAGUUAAGGUAGUGCUUGGAGACAAAAAGGACUGUUUGCAGCAGGGAGACAAGCAGUUUUGCUUGCCAGGUGGCCUACGAUUUUGACCUGCGUGCUUAUGGUAACAGAACAGAGGGUGUGGAGAGCCUUCUGCCCACACCAGCACUGGUGGGAGAAGGGCCAGUUCCAUGAAGGAAAACAUGCUCUGUACUCUUCUGGGUCCCAGGCCCCACACCACCAGGUCAGUGUUGUUCUUGUGAUGCUGAUACUAAGUUCUAGAGGUUGGAUGAAUCACAAGGAAGUGAUCCUUAAUGACUUGGAAAACAGUAACUGUUUUUCUGCCAUUUUUUUUUCUUUUUUUCGGUAGAAAAAUAGGCAAUUUGAAAAUUUUCAUUUAUUUUGUGUUCAGAAUAACAGAUUGAUGUUUGGGAGGGGGUAGUUUCCUGAGGGCAAAGAAUAAUUUAAAACUCAUUUGUGCUGCUCUGUUGUAACUCAUCAUAUUCCUGUGUCCUCCGCCUCGCCGCCAAGAAGCUAAGGUCUGUUUGUAGGACACACACCCAUGAACAGAAGAAGUCCUAGCUGCAGUAAUGUCCUAGAGAUGUUUACUUUCUUGUAUUCUGUGGGGAAACUAAGCUCAUUCUUAGCUGGUUUAUUGAAUUCCUACCAUCCACACUAUGUCCACUUUGAAUGGAAUUUAUUUUUUAUGAGUGAAAAUAAGUUAUAAAAACUGGGCUUGGUAUUGCACACCUGUAAUCCUACCACUUGGGCUGAGGCAGGAGGAUUGCCAUGAGUUCAGUGCCACCCUAUGGUACAUAGUUCAAGAACAGCCUGAAUUACAUAGCAAGACCCUGCUCCAAAAAAGUCAUAAAAGUCCUUCCCUUGUGUAAGCUAAAUGCCUUCCUGGGCAUGGGUUCAAAGCUACUUAGCUAGGUGACCCCUGGUCAUUUUCUCAGUGUCCCAUUUCUUGAGGGAAUCAGUAGGUGGAGGUGUUUCCAGGGAAAGUGGUCCUAUUUGUGUGCUUCCUUGAGCUCCCCGUUCCUCUGAAGGCUGUAUUUGCUUGGGAGGCACAGCAGAUCCUUCAGGCUGGUACUGCUCUUUCCUGGGGAAAGCUCACAAAGAACUUCACUCACCAGGAGAACAGUUUCAGCUACUAAUGUCUUGCCAUUUUCUAAGUGACAAUCUUAAACUAUAAUAAGAGGUAUUAUGUAAAAUAUGUAGUUUUUUAUUUUUAAUAACUACAAAAAUCCUAUGUAACAAUUACAAAAAUCCCAUGAAAAAUUCAUAACAGGCAUUAGCAUAUCUUAGUGUGAUUAGCAUGUUAGUACCUCAGAUAAAUCAGAAGUUUGCCAUGCCCUAGCUUCUUUCUCAUUGUAAUCAUUACAGUUCGUACUUUGCCUCGAAAUCUGAGGUGCUACAUAACAGCUUUUGCUAUUGGUAUAUUUGGUGAUGGGUUGUGUUUUGGGAGGAAGGAGUUUAUUUCUAUCCAAGAGUUCCAGAUUCCCUGGCUCUGAAUUUUCCACUAAGGGAGAACACAGGCUUACCCUCUCUGUGGGUGCUUUUUUACAGCCACUUUCUCUGAAGCCCUCAGUUUUGUGAUGCUUGAGCUUGCAUUUUACCAUCCAGUUCUGGAAUCCAUAAAGUAGAAAUGGUGGAAUGAACCAAAUACCAAAUGAACUUAGAAACCAGGAGUGGGAAAUGAAGCUAAAGAAUAGAGAUCACCAACUUAGGUCUAGAGUAAUUCAGCAAAACAAGGAUUUGGGAAAUUUAGGAAUUGAUAGGGUGCAUUUUGUUGUUAAUAUCAACUAGAGGCACUUUACAUUUGGUUAAGUGAUCAAACUCUUUUAAUGGGGUUGAACACCAACAUACUGGCUUACACAGCUGAAAUAUUUUUGGUUUCCUUAUUUUGCACUGGAUCUGUUCUGUGAAUACUUUCAAGUAAUACAUUUCAACCACUCUUUUUUUCUACUCUUGCUGCUCAUUAAAAUCUUUCAUGUAGGUGCCAGAACAGUAAACAGUAAGCUUUUUAAAAAAUUCAAAGCCAUAGAACUUGUCAUGUUUUCCGUUUUAAAAUGAUUUAUUGAAAUAAGAUAAUAUGAAUAAAAACCCAUAGCCACCAAAUAGGCUGCUUUAGUCUUAUGCAAGACAUUUUUGUAAUGGAAUACAACUAACAAAGUUUUGCACAUCUGUAAAUUAAGGGUGAAAAACAGUAUGUCACAUCGGGUAUGGGGGCAGGAUUCACACAAGGGCUCAGGUAUGAUUUGGAAAGUAUAUUCAGUGAUGUGCUGGUAAAGAGAACUGCAGCGUUCCUCAUGUUGUAGGAAUUUGUCUUUGCUCUGCGACUUCCAGUCCCGUUUUGAGUCAUACAAAUGUUUUCUAACUUUUAUUGUAUUAUUGCAAUAAAUCUUUUAACAGUG